AAAACAUUUUGUUAAUUCAUUGAUUCGAUUUCGAAUAGAAAUGAGCACAGACAAAAUAAGGCCAUCAUAUCGGUGACGGCUAUCAACGUCAACUUGACGUUCUAGUUUAUUCUGUGGAUGCUCUUUGGCGUGUGUGUGUUGUGUUUGUAAAGAUUAUACAUUUUCCAAAAUAUACCGCUAAUUUCUUGAAAUAAAACAGUAGCUACUAGUUAAUUAGAAUGGAUAAAAGAGAACGUCGUUCUAAUGCGGGCAAUUUGCUUGCAAAAGUGCUUGACGAAGAAGAAGAAGAUGAAUUUUAUGCAACAACUUACGGUGGAUUCCAAGAGACUGAGGAAGACGUUGAUUACAAACAAGAGAAGGAAGUAGAUGAUGAAGUGGACUCAGAUUUUAGUAUUGAUGAAAAUGAUGAACCAAAGUCGGACGAUGAUGCUGAUGAGAAACGGACAAGGAAAAGCGGCACUAAAGUUUAUAAGGAUCCAAACAGAAAGAAAAAAGGUGGUGCAGUUGCAGGUCCUUCUCUUGGAGAAAAAGUGAAAAAAGCAAACGAAAGGAAAGCACCUAAACCAAAACCAGAGAAGCCAGAAAAAGCUGAAAAACCUGAAAAGCCUGACAGAUCUGAAAGGGCUGAACGCGCAUUUGCCGGUGAUUCUUCCAUAGAACGCAAAUCAAUAAGGCAGAGUACAGCAGUGAAAUCAGCAGAAACACUACAGAGAAUUAAGAUCAGAUCCGCAUUGAAGAAAAAGAAACCCAAAAAGGUUGAAGACAGGAUGCCCACGCAGGAAGAACUGCUCGAGGAAGCUUUGAUCACUGAAAAGGAGAAUCUUAAGAGCUUGGAGAAAUUUGAACAAAUUGAGUUGGAGAGGAAAAAGAUACGACCCACCAAGAAGACUAUCACUGGACCUACGAUAAGGUACCAUUCAUUUGCUGUUCCCAUGAUAGAAGAAAUACCGCCAGCGGAAGAUAAGUCCAGUCUACUAGGAGACCUGAACUUAAGCGAUAUCAUCAAACACGAAGAUGGCUUAUUAGAGGGUCAAGAAGUUAAGACUGAAGAACCGGACCAGCCUGCUGAAUCGGAGGAACCUGUAACCAAGAUGGACGUGGACUUCAUAGGACCUGACGAGGAAGUCAACAUUGAGAAAGUGCCUAAAGAAGAAAAAUCACAGAAGAAAAGAGAACCAGAAAAUAUGAAGUACUACGAGCGCACUCUGCUGUCAUUCGAAAAUGACAUCAAGAACAAGGCAUUCAGGUCGUGUUUCCCAAAACAAAAUGUUAAGAAACGAAGACAACUGCUUUGCGCUGUUACGAAACGACCGGCCCGCUACAUCGAUCCUAUAACUAAGUUACCGUACAGAAGUGUAGACGCCUUCAGAAUCAUACGCGAGGCAUACUACCAACAGUUGGAGGCUAGAGGUGACAGGAACGACCCGCAAAUAGCCGCCUGGCUACAGUGGAGGAGAGCUGACCAAGCUUCUACUUACGUACAGAUACAUAUUAAGUAGAAUAUUUUACUACACACAACCAACGGACACCCAAUCCCCCAAUUCCCAAUACCCCGAACCCCAAUCCCUAGACUCCCGAAUCCCCCACUCCUCCAAUCCCCUCAUCCCCUAAUCCCCCAAUCCCCAAAUCCUCAAGCCAACAACGCACUUGUAACGCCUUUGGUGUUGCGGGUAUUCAUGGACGGAAUCGAUUGCUUACCAUCAGUUGGUCCGUCGUCUCGCUUGCCGUACCAUACCAUAAAAACAUGGCAUAAGAUAAUAUGUUCAAUGGAUAUCCAACUUUAAAUAAUUGAUCAUUGUAGUCGAAAAUUAAAUAGCAAAAAUUUCAUAUAAAAGUUUCACACUUUCUGUGUCCAAAAUAUACGCGAGGCUACUACGGACGCUUUUUAAUGUUUGUAUUGUAUUCUUAAUAGUCAGAACCAAGGUAAAAUAAUAAUUUGUAAUAGACAAUCCCUUACAAUGCCUGUAUCGAACAAUGCUGUAGUUUAACGUUUAAUUUUAAUUUUAAGUUAAUUGAUUUUAAAGUAAAUUGAAAUAGAUAAAUACGUAUUGUAAAUAUUGCUUGUAAUUUUAUCAAUAAAAAGCUU